CGCACACAUUGAAUCACUGUUCCAGAUGAGCAGGCUGGGGAGCUACUGACUGAACGCGAACGGGGCGUUUCAAAGACACAGAAACUGUGAUCAUAGAUUGUGUUGAAAUAGCCAUCGGGAUUUUAUAGUUAUGAGGUGUUGGCAUCCGCUGGAUGGAUGGGUGGAAGCUACGUGGUAGUUCAUGAGUGAUCGGACCGGUGUGCUGAACGGGUUUAGUCUGAUCUAUACAGGUCUGUGUCUCCUCUAACAGAUUACAGUUAGUUCGUGUAACGUUAACUUUUCUAGAAUGUGAAGCGGAAGCGGGGUUGUAACACGCAACGAUGAUCCGAAUCGUCUGAAAUGAGAAACAUCACGGGUCUCUUUGGGGCGACCCGACUUCAGUGGGUCUCCUGGCUGAGACUCUUACUUUUGAUGCUGUUUUGGACCUGUUUAAAAGCACAACAGUUAAAAAACACUAGAUGGCCGCUGUAUUCCGGCAAGCCGUUGCUGUUGGCCUGGAACGCCCCUACAGAAGACUGUAGACCCCGUCAUGAUGUCGCCUUCCAGUUGGAUCAAUUCCAAAUAGUGGCUUCACCGAAUGAGGGCUUCACCAAGCAAAACCUCACCAUCUUCUAUCACGACCGUUUAGGUUUGUACCCUUAUUUUGAGGCAGACGGCACUCCAGUCAACGACGGCCUACCGCAGACCGCCAGUCUCGUGCAACACCUAGAAAGGAUGCCGGAAGGGCUCAAGAAGUACAUCAAGGACCCGACGGUGAAAGGUCUUGCUGUAAUCGACUGGGAAGAGUGGCGGCCCCUCUGGAUACGUAACUGGGGCACUAAAGACAUUUACCGCAAUCAUUCGCGACGGUUAGUCGCUGAGAAAAACCCAACUUGGCCUCAAGACCAGGUGGCCAAAGUGGCCCAGCAAGAGUUCGAGCUUUCUGCACGCAAGUUUAUGUUGGAGACGCUUCGAACAGCUAAGAGCUUACGACCCCAACAGCUUUGGGGUUUCUACCUCUUUCCUGAUUGUUACAAUCACAAGAGCAACACGGGACUCUGUCCGGACGUGGAGGUGAAAAGGAACAACGAACUGCAGUGGCUGUGGACGGAGAGUACAGCUCUGUAUCCUUCCAUAUACAUGGCUAAAGGGCUGAAGGACCAACCGGCUGGACGCCAGUUCGUACGCAACAGGGUCAAGGAGGGCAUGAGGUUGGCAUCUGUUGGGAACGGGUCGGCCAGGCCUGUGUUUAUCUACACGCGGCCCACUUACCAAAUCAAUCUUCCAGGUUCUAACGGCAACCCUUCUGAUCUCCUGCUGAUGUCAGAGACGGAUCUGGUGUCGACCAUCGGCGAGAGCGUGGCCCUGGGUGUAGCGGGCGUCAUCCUCUGGGGCGACUCCAACUACGCCAGCAGUCAUGAGGCUUGUUCCAAACUUAACGAAUACCUGCGAGGGCCGUUGGGUCGCUACCUGCUUAACGUGACGUCGGCCGCCGAGCAGUGCAGUAGAAACCUCUGCAGAUUUCGAGGCCGCUGCCUUCGCAAACAGCCUGACACGGACACGUACCUGCAUCUCAGCCCGACCACCCACAGCAUAGAGCGACUGGGAAACACGCUGAAGGUCGCGGGCCAGAUGGGAGAAGAAGAGCUGAGCCGCGUGCGCGACGAGUUUCAGUGUCAGUGCUAUAACGGCUACCUCGGCGACGACUGCAGCCAGACGGAUGCUGGGAACAGAGCCACGCUCGUCUUAACCACGUUUUUGCAGGUUUUGCUGUUGCCGCUGCUCUUGAUGGGGUUCCUGCACUGAGGACUUCGGUGGUUUGAGGUCGAUUCGCCCGACUCUCUCGUCAAGAGAUGCGCAACAGCAGAAAGGCCUUUUGUUCACUAGAAUUUGAUUAGAAAUAGAGAAUUUGAAUGUGCGCGCUAACUCUGUGGACUGUAUGUACAGCACAGCGGUGGCUCAGUUUAUUUUUGGGUCGAGAGCAUUGCCCCCUGUUGCAUGGGAGGAAGAACUGCACCAGGAAGGAAUUGUGAUUUUUACUAGGUUUGUGUAUCGUGUGUGUUGUCUCUGUGCAUUUUUUAUAAAAAGUAAUUGAUGUGGUGGUUUCCGCUGUCAUUUGUGGCCUUUUUUUUAUUACUUUGCUGCCUUUAUACCUGCAUAAAACCAGUUGUGACCUUAUUUCUGCGGGGUGUCACAUGACCAGCUCCUCAAAGGGACACGUUUUGUUACUUGCAACGCUGCUGCCUCAUUAAAGCCUCACUUAGAUUGAAACCUGUCUUCUGUAUCACAUUUCACUCUUAAAUUAAAAGAAAUUAGAGAAAU